AUGCUCCAGGGUGCCAUCCGCCGUGUCCUCCGGGACAUCUCUGACCGCCACAUCCCACCUCGUCUCUUCCACGGUGUUCGCACUGGAGGGAGCAGUGGCCACUAUUUGUCGCCGCGCCCGGAGUCGAUGCUGCAGCACUCCCCCGGCGUCUGCCCGACACAUGGCCCGGCCAUGUUCGUCAGGCGCAUGGGGGUUCCGCCGGAGACGUUGCCAAGGCCGCCGAUGACGCUGUUGCCGCCACCACCACCGCUGUCGUCAACCGCGCUCGCACUGCCAUGGAAGGGAGGCGCCGGCUCCAUGGCCGUGCGCCAUGGCGCUCCUCCGCUCCCCAACCACAGUGCCGGUACAGAGGCUUGGCCGCCCGGCUUCGCCUACGACCUCGACGUCGCGCUUCCACCGCCACCUCCACCGUCCGGGCCGCGCUCCUACGCCGACGUGACGGCCAACCACCGCCAAGGCCUGCGCCAGAACGCCCUCCCGCUCGAAAACGCCCUCGGAUCCGCCGUUCCCGGCUUGCAGCGACGGCCCUUGUGGCCAGAGCUCGCCGGGGAUGAGCCGGGUCCGCCCUGCCGGCCAGUCUCCAUGGCCGGAGCACGGGCCUCGGCUCGCGCCCGCCAGGAGAGGAGGAAUAGGAGGCACAAGACAGCGGCUCCACUCAUAAGGUGGCAAGAAGCAGCAGGCAGCGGCAGCGGUGGUGACCGGCAAGGAGGCGGCGGCGGCGGCAGUUUGGGGCUGGGGCGGUUAGGGUUUCCAAACCCUAAUCGCCGGCCUCUUAUAAGUCCGCGGCGGAGGGUGCGCCUGGCUGGGCCGAUUCGGCGGCCCAGGCCCAGGUUGUGGCCCCGCACGCGCGCGUGCCGCCCCGGGCGCCUGGCUGGCCGGGCGCCUGGCUGGCCUACGCCCUUGGCCGGCUGGGCUGCGCGCCUAGCCUGGCCGCUGGGCUGCUGA